AUUUCGGGAUUUUUCCCCAAAACCCCGGGAUUUCCCCCCGGCACCCCGGGCCCUCCCCCUCGCCGGCCCCGCGGCCGCGCCCCCGGCCCGGCGACGCGGUGGCCGUCGGCGGCCUCGGGGGGCAAGGACUCCACGGUGCUGGCGCACGUGCUGGCGCGGCUGGGCCGGCGCCUGGGGCUGCGCCUGGCGCUGCUGGCCGUGGACGAGGGCAUCGCGGGCUACCGGGACGCGGCGCUGCGGGUCCUGCGCGCCGCCGGCGCCGCGCUGCCGCUGCCGCUGGCCGUGGUCUCGCACCGCGAGCUCUUCGGCUGGGCCGUGGACCAGCUGGGGCCGGCGCUGGGCCGGCGCAGCCGCUGCACCGUGUGCGGCGUGUUCCGCCGGCACGCGCUGGAGCGCGCCGCCAGGGAGAUGGGCGCCGACUGGAUCGCCACCGGCCACAACGCCGACGAUGUGGCCGAGACGGUGCUGAUGAAUUUCCUGCGCGGCGACGUGGCGCGGCUGCGGCGCGCGGCCAACGAGGCCUGGGGGGCCACCAACGAGGCCUGGGGGGCCACCAACGAGGCUACCGUGGCCACCAACGGCAACAAAGCCUGGGGGGCCACCCAGGGACCCACCGUGGCCACCGACGAGGCCUUGGGGGCCACCACAGAGGCCAACGGGGCCACCGAUGUCAGCGGGGCUACCGAUGAGGCCACCACGGCCACCAACAGGACCGUGGCCACCAGUGAGGUCUCAGGGGCCACUAACGAGGCCACCACAGUCAACGAGGCCGCUGUGGCCGCCAACGCGGUCAACGCGGCCAAUGACAGCAACGAGGCCACCAAUGAGGUCGCUGCGGCUACCAAGGAGGCCACCGUGGCCACCAGGAGCUCCGGGGAGGUUCCUCCACCCUCGGUGGCCUCCAGUGGCCCAACGGAAGCCAACGAUGGCCAAAGGAAGCCCUUGGGAGAGGCAAGGGAUUGUCCCGAAAACCCAACGCGAAUUUUGGGAAACUCAACAAGACCCAACCAAAACCCAACGAAACCCAACGGGAACCCAACGGAACCAUUGGAGAACCCAACGGAAUCGUGGGAAAGUUGGACAAAACCCAACGAGAACCCAACAAAACACUUGGAAAACUCAACCAAACCAUUGGAAAACACAACGAAACGCAACGAGAGCCCAACGAAACUCAAUGAGAACUCAACAAAACUCAACGAAGACCCAACGAAACCCAACAAGAACUCAAUGAAAGUCAAUGAGAACCCAACGAAACCCAACGAGAACUCAACCAAACCCAAUGAAACCCAGCAAGAACCCAAUAAGAACUCAAUGAAAGUCAAUGAGACCCCAACGAAACCCAAUGAGAACUCAACGAAACCCAACGAGACCCCAACGAAACUCAACGCAAACCCAACCAAACCCAACAGGAACCCAAGGAAACCCAACAGGGACCCAACCAAACCCGCCAAGCCCUCGAGGAAGCCCAGCGCGGCGGCGCCGUGGCCGACGGUGCCGCGGCUGAAGCCGCUGCGGCACGCGUCGCAGAAGGAGAUCGUGCUCUACGCGCACUUCCUGGGGCUGCCCUACGCCAGCGCCGAGUGCCGGCACGCGCCGCUGGCCUUCCGCGGCCACCCGCGGGCGCUGCUCAAGGAGCUGGAGGCCGCGCGGCCGGCGGCCGUGGCCGCGCUGGCCCACUCGGGCCGGCGGCUGGCCCUGGGGGCGGCGCCGGGCGCGGGGGCGGCGCCGGGGGCCUGCGGGCGCUGCGGCGCCGUGGCCAGCGGGGAGCUGUGCAUGGCCUGCGUCCUGCUGGCCGCGCUCGACCGCGGCCGGCCCAAGCUGGCGCUGGGCAAGCGCGGCCUCAGGGUGGCUACCGAGGGCGGGAGGAUGAGGGUGGUGGCUACUGGGGGGGAGGUGAUCUAG